CUGUCAGGGUCUUCAGUAGAGAACAUCCCAAUGUCUGAAUGCUGACUUUACUUUUUGGUUUCCAGCAAAUUCAGGGCGAGUUUCAAAGAGAAUUCAGUGACGAACAGAGGUGUUGGAGCCAUGGAUGAUCACAUGGAAAGCGUCUCUUUCCAGAAGGAACAGAUCAAGUCAGAGGCCGAAGAUGUGAAGAACAACUCCGCCGUCGUCUUCAACGGAAAAGUCCUCACAGCUGACCUCAGUGAGAGCCAGGAGACUCAACCUGCCAGUCACAGCGACCCGCCGGCCGAACCUCCCACAUCUCCUGAACCAGAGGAAGCUACUGCAGAACCUGAAGCAGAGGAGCCCAAAGCCACCGUCCUGACCAAGACGAGCUUGGCCACGACUUUGGCCCCCGCAGACCAGCUGUGGAGCUCCAGCAGAGACCAGGCGGUCAGGCUGAGGAUGGAGGGCUCAGGACCGGGCUCCGAGACUCCCAUCACCAUCCAUCAGCUGUUCCUGGAGGCGGUGGACAAAUGUGAGGAUCAUCCAGCUCUGAUCUCCAAAGAGAACGGCCAAGCGGUGACUCUGACCUACAGGCAGUACUACGAGCAGUGUCGAGCAGCGGCUAAAAGCUUCCUCAAGCUGGGGCUGGAGCGUUACCAUGGCGUGGGCAUCCUGGGAUUCAACUCCCCCGAGUGGUUCAUCUCAGACAUCGGCUGCAUCUUGGCCGGGGGUCUGGCAGCCGGCAUCUACACCACCAACUCGCCGGAGGCUUGUCAGUACGUGGCCGCCAACUGCGAGGCCAACGUCCUGGUUGUGGAGAACCAGAAACAGCUCCAGAAGAUCCUGCAGGUGAGAGAUCACCUGCCUCACCUGAAAGCCAUCGUCCAGUAUAAAGGCGAGCUGCAGCAGAAAGCACCCAACCUGUACACGUGGGCAGAGUUCAUGAAGCUGGGCGAAGACGUGCCCAACGAGCAGCUGGAUGCUGUGAUCAGCAGUCUCCGGGCCAACGAGUGCUGCACCCUCAUCUACACCUCUGGAACCACCGGCACCCCAAAAGGAGUCAUGCUGAGCCAUGACAACAUGACGUGGACGGCCAGCAUGGCAUCGAAGCUGCUGAACAAAAACAUUGACAAGGAGGUGCUGGUCAGUUACCUGCCCCUCAGCCACGUGGCGGCCCAGAUGAUCGACAUCUGGGUCUCCAUGAGUUUAGGUGCAACCACCUACUUUGCAGAUCCAGACGCCCUCAAGGGCACCUUAGUGAACACGUUGAAAGAGGCUCGUCCAACCUUUUUCUUGGGGGUUCCUCGUGUGUGGGAGAAGAUGCAGGAAAGGAUGAAAGCUGUCGGCGCCAAGGGAUCCCCGAUGAGGAAGAGGGUGGCAGACUGGGCCAAGUCCAUCGGCCUGCAGUACACCUACAGCGCCAUGAACGGGGAGAAUCUGGUGCCGUGGGGCUUCAUGUUGGCCAACAACCUGGUCUUCAAGAAGGUGCGCGCUGCGCUGGGCCUAGACCGCUGCAAGCUCUGCUUCACCGGAGCUGCUCCCAUCACCAAAGACACUCUGGAGUACUUCAUGAGCCUCAACAUCCCCGUGAUGGAGCUCUACGGGAUGAGCGAAAGCUCCGGCCCGCACACCGUCUCCAUAGACGAGUACCGGAUCACGAGCUGUGGAAAGGUGAUGCCAGGCUGCAAGACAAAGCUGGAGAACCCGGACGCAGACGGGAACGGAGAGAUCUGCUUCUGGGGCCGCCACGUCUUCAUGGGCUACCUGAACAUGGCCGACAAGACGACGGAGGCUCUGGACGAGGACGGCUGGCUGCACUCGGGAGACCUGGGACGACACGACGAGCAUGACUUCCUGUACAUCACCGGGAGGAUCAAGGAGCUGAUCAUCACUGCCGGUGGCGAGAACAUCCCUCCGGUGCCCAUCGAGGAUGCCGUGAAGGCCGAGGUGCCCAUCAUCAGCAACGCCAUGCUGAUCGGAGACAAGCUCAAGUUCCUCUCCAUGAUGCUCACGCUCAAAUGCGUCAUGGACGACAACGGCGAGCCCACGGACGAGCUGACCCCGGAGGCUUUGGAUUUUUGCAUCCAGAACGGCAUCGCGGCGACCAAGGUGUCAGAGAUCAUCGCCAACAAGGAGCCGGCUGUGUACAAAGCCAUCCAGGAGGGGAUGGAGCGGGUCAACGCCAGGUCCACGUCCAACGCCCAGAAGGUCCAGAAGUGGGUCAUACUGGAGCGAGACUUCUCUGUCACUGGAGGAGAACUAGGACCCACGAUGAAGCUGAGGAGGCCCAUUGUGGUGAAGAUGUACCAGGACAGGAUAGAUGAAAUGUACGCAGCGGCGGCAGCGAAGCCGUAGACUGAGAUGACAGGCAGACGGAGGGAAUGUGGCCAGACGAUAUCACGUAGGAGGAAAAGUGUUGAUUCUGACUGUAUUUAAUAGAAAUUUGUGUUGCUAUGUUUGAAUGUCUUGAGUUUUCCAGGAGCUGUAGAGAAGUCUGUCUGAUGGUUGAGCUGUUAGAUGCACAUACAGAUUUACAGCAGCGGCACAUUUUGUAAAUACAAUCUCCAAAUCAGAGCCAAAUCUUGCCAUAUGGAACCUGCAGGCGAAGACACUACAACUCAAAGACGGCACACUAGAAGUGGGAAGCACUGGAUGUCAGCAUCAGCUAACUUUUUACAGUUUAUGAAGGAAUUGUUGUAACUCAGAAUGUGUCCCCAAAGAUGCUUGAUCAUAAGAUAUGUGUUUUAUUUCUGGAGCAGCAGUAUGUAUUUAAAGAUUUUACAGCAUUAAUUGCCAGUUUCCAGUCUCAUGUUGUGAGUUAAUCCCCAUCUGGAGAAGACUGGAGGUGAAGAAGUAUUUUUAUAAUGAGAGAAGAAUAUUAACAGUCCAAUCAGAAGCAUGUGCAAACGGUAUAUUAUGCAUUUGUUCUUCUCCGUGUACAGUCUGACACAUACUGAAAUAUUUAUUUUGUGAUAGAUAUUCCAUGAAUGUCAAUAAAAAGUGAGUGAUUUUGACAAAUUGACCAAA